CUGACUCUAAUUGAACAGAGCUGCUCGUCCGCAGCUCGGCUUCAUAACUCUGCUGUCUCUCUCCGUGCUGCGGUUGCGGCGGGGCUCAGGUUGCCUCCGUCGGCCGACUGUGAGGUUGCAGUUGCAGGCGCUUCCUUCACGGCUCAUUGAUUGGUUCAGCGUUCAGUUCCUCCUGAGGAAAUCACUCCUUUUAUAGUUAACGCAGCGCCGAGCGACUGUUUUCCGGGUUCACACUCACUCAGCAUGUAGAGGAGGCGGACCGCCGGGAGACACCUGGACCACCGCGGACGCGCCGGAGCCCGGACACACGGUAUCGAUCCGCAGAUAUCGAUCAGCUAUCAGUGAAGGAUGGGGAACCUGAUCAAAGUGUUAACGAGAGACAUCGACAACAAUGGUGGAAACUUCUUCUUGGAUUUUGAGAACGCUCAGCCCUCACAGUCAGAGACAGGUGUGUGGGAGAAGGUGAACCAGGUGCUGACGGAGGCCCAGAUCAUCCUGGACGACCUGCAGGCGUACAGAGGAGCAGGAGAGGAGAUACGACAGGCCAUCCAGAGUCCUGGUGUGGAGGGCGUUCAGGAGAAGGCCUGGUCAGCUGUGGUCCCUCUGGUCAUUAAACUCAAAACCUUCUAUGAGUUUUCCCAGAAGCUCGAGUCCAGUCUGCAGUGUCUCCUGGACGUCCUCACCAGCUCCGGCUCCACUCCCACUCAACAUCUGGAGCAGAAACAGGCUCUGGCUCGUCAGUUCGCCCACAUCCUGCACUUCACGCUGCGUUUCGACGAGCUCAAGAUGACCAACCCCGCCAUCCAGAACGACUUCAGCUACUACCGCCGCACCAUCAGCCGCAUGCGGAUCAACAACCUGUCUGCCGACGCAGGGAAUGAGGUCAACAACGAGCUGGCCAAUCGGAUGUCUCUGUUUUACGCGAGCGCCACGCCGAUGCUGAAGACGUUAAGUGACGCCACGUCGAAGUUCGUCUCAGAUAAUCCAGAUGUUCCCAUUGAAAACACCACAGACUGUCUGAGCACGAUGGCCAGUGUGUGUAAAGUGAUGCUGGAAACACCGGAGUAUCGCAGUCGUUUCACCAGUGAGGAGACGGUGCUGUUCUGCCUCCGUGUGAUGGUCGGCGUCAUCAUCCUGUACGACCACGUUCACCCGGCCGGAGCCUUCGUUAAGACCUCCAAUAUUGACAUGAAAGGCUGCAUCAGGGUGCUGAAGGAGCAGCCGCCCAGCAGCGUGGAGGGAUUACUCAACGCUCUCAGGUACACGACCAAACAUCUGAACGAUGAGACUACCUCCAAGCAAAUCAAAAACAUGCUGCAGCCAAAUUAACUCGACACUCGUUUUGUUGUGUCUCGGUCCAGAUUUCAAAAGAACUACUGAACAAUCCUUUAGCUAAUGUUUCUGUGUUUAACCUCAUUUGUUGUUUUUGUUUUUUUUAUUCUCAUUUGAAAAAAAAAGAUUUUGUUGUAAAAAAAAAAAAGAAAGAAAAAAAAAAAGCUGGUUGAUCCAAGAAAAGACGGUGUAAAAAUCAGGUUUCAUGUUCGAGCUCCAUUCACAUCAAGUCAGAUUUACAACACGAUCUUCAGAGGGAAAUCAUGUUUAUUACCAGGAGAACAGCUGACUUCCUUUUUUCUUCUGCUUCCUGAAACAGCUGUUUAACCCUUUAACCCCCGAGUUUCCCUCUGAAACCUCCACCUCCAAAACCCUGAGGGUUUUCUGAAGAACGUGACGUGAAGAUUACGAGACAUUAAACCUCUGGCUUUUAUCGUAAAUCAUUGACUUUGCCUUGGAAAGUGAAUAUUGCUGAAAAAACAUCUGUCAACAUUCUCAGAUCAGUUUUAUUGACUUUUUUUGACCAUGAGGGUGAAGACAGUGACUUACAAUGACAGACAGAAGUUUAAGGUCUCACAUGGGUUUUAUUUCAGGUCUCUUUCUGCUUCAGAGGCUGAGAAAUGAAAGUUUUAGUGACAGCGUUGUAUCAGGUGAAUCUUUACCUCUAGCUAGCGAUGAUACUGGCUCCUCCCCCUCCUCCUCCUCUGACAUGCUAGCUGGUUAGCAGCUUAGCAGGUUGAAAUGUGGUGACUGAAUCUUAUAAAUCGUUGUUGUUGUUGUUGUUUUGAUGGAGCUAACAGCUGUAUUCUGCUUCAGUGUCGCUCCCCUCGCUCAGGUCGUCAGCCAUUGUUGGAACCGCGACUUUAAAAACUUUUUUUUGCGGCUAAAACACAAAUGAAAUACAUUUCCCAUAAUGCAUUUUAACCGCCCUGACACGGAUUUUUUCACAACGCAUUUCAUCAUUCACGUCUCAAAAUUGACGUAAUCAGAUACUACACAUGUUCGUCUCAUCUGGUCUUAAGAGGUUAACCUGUCUGUAACCAUGAAUCUGGCUGAUAUCUCUGGAUAAUAAUAAUGAUAAUAAUGAUAAUAAUAAUAAUGACUUUAUUUAUAUAGCACCUUUAAAAACAGAGUUUACAAAGUGCUUUGACAAUCGAAGCUAAAGCAAUAACAGGCAAGAGGCUCAGGAGGCAAAAUAACAUAAAAACUAAAGCAGUUAAAGAUGGAAGACAAACAAUAUACUUCAGUAUAAAUGAGGACAAUUAGAGAGGAGAUACAGUAUAUAAGCAAUAAAAGGACGAUAAAAAGACAACAUCACAUACAAGUCUAUAAAAAUGGGUUUUAAGAAGUGACUGACUCUGCCUCAUCUCGGGCAAAAAAGCAUUUUCUCCUGAUAAUAUCUCGUUAUCUCUGGAUAACGAGGUUUGUUAUAUUGAGAUUACAGGUUAAAGAAAUUAUUGCCUUUCUUGGCUUCCAUAGUUGAACUCCCAAUAAAUGAUUUUAUUCUCUUACUAGGCACAAGACUUAAUAAGAGAAUAAAAUGUGUGCGGUUUAGUGUACUGUAGUGAAUGAUGUGUGUCUCUCUUCUGAACGAACUGAAACGUGGUCAGCAGGAAAGAAAGUAUUUGUAUUUUUUUAUAGUUUUAGGGCUCGAACAUGUAAAAGCAGUGAUAGCACUGUAAUAAAGAGGCUAAUAGGAGGAGUUGGGGAUUAGCUAACAGAAGGAGAAGCACUGUGACGGUACUGAAACGAGGGAAACCUCAGACUGAUGUGGACUUCAGUUUUCUCUAUGUCUGAACUGAUGUGAUCAGUGGGACCGCUGACUGGAAACUUCUACAAGCUUUUUGUUUUGCCUCGUGUGUUGAUGCUGCAGUACCAGGGAUUCUGAUGCUGCAGUGCCAGGGAUUCUGAUGCUGCAGUGCCAGGGAUUCAGAAGCUGCAGCGCCAGGGAUUCUGAUGCUGCAGCGCCAGGGAUUCUGAUGCUGCAGCGCCAGGGUUUCUGAUGCUGCAGCGCCAAGGAUUCUGAUGCUGCAGUGCCAGGGAUUCUGAUGCUGCAGCGCCAGGGAUUCUGAUGCUGCAGCGCCAGGGAUUCUGAUGCUGCAGCGCCAGGGAUUGUGUGGCAUUAAGUGUUUUUAAUGAUGUUUGUGUUGGCCAAAUAAAGUUUUUACAUUUUUAAGAAAAAUCUGCGUCUGGUUGAUGAUAAAGUU